GAGGGCCUCCUAUGUGUGUACACGUGUUAAUGUGUGUGUGUGUGCCCACAAGUGCCUGUGUGCAGGAUCUUCUAACAACAUCUAACUAAUUAGUUGAAAAUUUCAUGACAGGUGAACAAGGCAUUUGGAGAUGUAUGUCCUGCAGGGCAUUACUGUCCUCUGGGCACAAAGCACCCUUUUGAGAAUCCAUGCCCACCUGGUACCUGGAAUGAAGGUGUAGGAGGGCAGAAUGCAAUGUCUUGUUGGCCUUGCCCCCCGGGCCUUUAUUGUGGCAGUGCUGGUUUGACUCAUCCCUCUGGGCAGUGUGCUGCAGGAUAUUUUUGUAAAGGAGGUUCAAAAACUGCCAGACCAGAGGACAGCAAAUGCCCCAAAGGUUACUAUUGUCCCCUCGGCUCAGCAUCUCCCCUUCUGUGCCCCGAUGGCACUUCCUCCAAUGUCACAGGUCUAGCUGAGUGUCUUGAUUGCCCCCCGGGAUUCUACUGCUUGGCAGGACAAAAUGAGCAGCUUUGUCCACAAGGCCAUUACUGUCCAGGGAGCACCGGCCAAGAUGUGCUUCCUUGUCCACCUGGCACUUUCAACUCUGAGUUUGGAUGCAGUCAACUGGAGCAGUGCCAGCUGUGCCCCGCAGGUACUUCUUUUUAUCCUUCUGCUGGUUAG